UGGGACCAGGACUUCGGGAGGACACCAUGGCCGGGAGGCUGUGGUGCAAGGCCAUUUUUGCUGGCUACAAACGUGGCCUCAGAAACCAGCGGGAGCACACUGCCCUUCUGAAGAUUGAAGGGGUUUAUGCCCGUCAGGAGACAGACUUCUACUUGGGCAAGAGGUGUGCCUAUGUGUACAAAGCUAAAAACAACACGGUCACCCCCGGCGGGAAGCCCAACAGGACACGAGUCAUCUGGGGGAAGGUGACCCGUGCCCACGGCAACAGCGGCAUGGUGCGCGCCAAGUUCCGCUCCAACCUCCCUGCCAAGGCCAUUGGACACAGAAUCCGGGUGAUGCUGUAUCCAUCUAGGAUCUAAAUUUUUAUUAAAAAUAAAGUGGAGAAUCUGUU